UUUCAUUUCCGUCAGUGUUACAGUCUGUCUGGUGCAGUAGAAACUGCGAGAAACUUGUCAACAGGAGGCAAAAUGUCAGAGUCAGCUGACAGUCACACUAAGACUCUGAACUUCAACAUCGGGGUGCUGGGGCAUGUUGACAGCGGGAAGACGUCGCUUGCCAGGGCGCUGAGCAGCACUGCCUCCACCGCCGCCUUCGACAAGAACCCGCAGUCCCGGGAGAGAGGCAUCACACUGGACCUGGGCUUCUCCUCCUUCACAGUGAAUCUGCCGGAUCACCUGAGGCAGGAGAGCGGAGGGCAGCCGUAUGACAGCCUGCAGUUCACCCUGGUCGACUGCCCGGGACACGCCUCUUUGAUCCGGACCAUCAUUGGAGGAGCACAAAUUAUAGACCUGAUGAUGCUCGUCGUUGAUGUGGUUAAAGGGAUACAGACUCAGACUGCAGAGUGCCUGCUGAUUGGAGAGCUGACAUGCCCACGCAUGGUGGUUGUUCUUAACAAAACAGACCUGCUGCCACCCAACAAGAGACAGAGUGCCAUUGAGAAAAUGACCAAGAGACUCCACAAAACUCUGGAGAGCACCAGGUUUAAGGACUGUCCUGUGAUUGCUGUGGCAGCAAAGCCUGGAGGCCCUGAGGCUCCUGAUACUGAGGAGCCACAGGGAGUUCCAGAGUUAAUUGAGCUUUUGAAGAAACAGACGUACCUUCCUCAGAGAGACCCUGGAGGCAACCUUCUGAUGGCCGUGGACCAUUGUUUCUCCAUUCGAGGCCAGGGGACAGUGAUGACUGGGACCAUCCUACAGGGGUCGCUGGCUAUAAAUGACACAGUGGAAAUCCCAGCACUAAAGGUCACCAAGAAGAUAAAAUCGGUGCAGAUGUUUCGGAAGCCGGUGUCAGGGGCCAUGCAGGGGGAUCGUGUUGGUGUCUGUGUGACACAGUUUGACCCUAAACUGUUAGAGCGUGGUGUUGUGUGCACCCCGGGGUCCCUGCGAACCCUCUACGCAGCAGUCAUAUCUGUCAGGAAGAUUGGCUACUUCAAGGGCUCUCUUGCCACUCGUGCCAAAUUUCACAUCACAGUGGGUCAUGAGACUGUAAUGGCAAGGGUGACCUUCUUUGGGCUGCCACCUGUGGAUGUACCAGACAUGACCCAGCUUGUCAUUCAGCCCAGUUCGCUGGAAACACCUUUCACCUUUGACAAGGAGUAUUUCUACCAAGACGAAUAUGUCACCGCUCAAGGACAGGCCAAUUCUGGACCUGACCCAGAUCAAUGGGCUUUGUUAGAGUUUGAGCGGCCAGUCACAUGUCCCUCUCUCUGCCUGGUGAUUGGCUCAAAGUUGGACACUGACAUUCAUGCUAACGCAUGUCGGUUGGCCUUCCAAGGACGUCUAUUACAGGGCUUUGAAGAUAAAAGCUAUGCAGAGACUGCCCUGCCUCGCCUCCGCAUCUAUAAGAUGAAACACAAAGAGGGACAGGUGGAAAGGGUGACCGAUGAUUAUACUGUGAUUGGCCGCAACCUGUUCAAGAAGGAGACAAACCUCCAGCUCUUUGUGGGACUGAAGGUCAUGCUGUCGUCAGGAGAGACUGGCGUUAUUGAGGGUGGGUUUGGACAGAGCGGAAAGUUCAAGAUUCGGAUACAAGAGGGUCUUCAUCCAGAAACCAAACAGCUCUUGUCCUCUACCACUAAGAAGAAAGGCAAAGCUGGAGGUAAAGGUGGACAAGCAAAUGAAGAGGAGCCCAAAGCCUCAGAGUCUCAACCUGUUGGCAUUCACUUACAUUUCAAGCGCUACAUUUUUGAUCCCCAUAAAAAGAUGGUUCAGUCUUGACCUCUGUCCAGCUUUCAGACUGACACUGUGACUGACCCAGUGGUUGAGACAGGCACAGAAGGGGCAGCUCUCAUUAAGGUCGGGGGAAUUCUGGCCACUUAAAUUUUUUUUACAGAUGGAGACAGUCUGCGAAAUGCAAUGAUCAUGGAGCACUGAACACGUGAAAGUGAUUCUUUUACUCCCCUAAAUGGACAUGGACUGGAAAUGGAAGCUGCUUGUAAUUUUCAGAUAUAUUUAAGUCAAAAAAAAAAACCUGAACAUGUCUUAUCAGUUGCUGAACAGUAAGCUUUUUUGUCUGUAUAUUUCUUAAUUCAGCUUAACCCAGUUAGCAUUAACACAAUUAAUUCAUGAGCAUUAUUACAACAUUACCAGUCUUUUUGGGUUUAAAGGUCUCAUUAUGUUUCAAUCUCCUGCUGUGUGAUUGAGUAACUUUCUUUUCUGAUUUUCUGAUUUUAAUUUUUUAUGUUUUUCCUUCAUGGCAGCAUUUCAUUUUAUCAGGGGUAGUAAUUGUAUCAGAGGUUGUUUAGGUUGAAUUAAAUAUUAAGCUUUUCAGAAAGCUAGAUAAAUAAAGCAAACCCAUGCUGAAACUUGA